GUGUCUGGAUGGUGGACAACUAAGUACAACAGUGUAACCGCCUCCUCAGACGACUUGUAGUAUCAGGAGUUUGUCACUGUUCUGGUACUAAUCUUGUCUCACAGAUAUGAGGCUCUCUCCAUGAGGAAACUACAAACCUUGAAGGGGUCGGCUACCAAGUGAACUGAAAGGAGUCUGUUUUUAUUUACCUCUCAUCUUCCACGCCACAGAAACAUGGUCGCCUGGAUUAUCUUACCCCUCUCCCUCUCCAUGGUGUCCCUCAUUGGAUCAUGGAGUGUAUAUGCCCUGGCCUCCUACAACAACCAUGUGUGCUUCCUCAGUGACUGGACUGUCCAAUCCUACUGCCAGGACAAUCGGACAGCUGGAUGCUGCCUCGUUCCCACCAUAAGCGCCAGUGGAAGCAAUUUUCCUGAAAAUUCCCUUUUUACAGCCACAAUCAACGCCGGAUCGUUCCUGUUCCUGCUGUUCAGUAUAUUCCACCAUGCUCAUAUUAUGGAAAGACAUUCCUGUCAGUCCCUGUUGAGCAAGACCGCGCUGGUUUUUGGUUUGGUGGCAGCCGUGGGCGCGUUCGCAGCUGGAAACUGUAAUCCGGAGUACGUGACACUCCUUCACUACCUGGGAGCUGCCAUCAGCUUCAUGUGCAUCUGCUUCUACACUGUCCUGCUCACAGCCCUGACGGGAAAGUGCGCGCUGACGGGAUAUGAAAAGAUUCUCUUCCCGCUGCGUGUCGCCUCCACUGUGGUUCAAGUCACCGUGACCAUCUGCUACACCAUUUUGUUUGUCCAGUCCGGCUACUUUUACAGCCACCUGGCUGCCGUAUUCGAGUGGAUGCUGAACGUGAACUUGGACCUGUUCGAGCUCAGCUACACGGUGGAGUUUGUUUACUUCUCGUCCUACAUGGUCACAAAUCUGUUGACCAAGCGGGACGAAGAAAAGCCCCUGAUGAUGACGAUGACUUGACAGGAGACUGCCGUGGUCUAGGUGGAGCAGGGAGGGCGGACCGAAUACCAAACAUGUGAAUACAUUGGCUGGACCAUGACUGGAGGACUUAUAGUACUUUCUUUUCCUUCUUUAAAUCUCUCAUCCUUGGAUGGAUUUACAUCCGAUCAUGGGUUAUUGUCACUUUAAUUCCACCUCGUUGAAACUGUUGCCUGAAAUCAUAUACUUUUCUUGGAUGAAGCCAUUCUAUAUUUAUUGAACCUGAAGCACCUCGUGCAGCGAAUGAACAAAAAACGUAUCGGUGUGGGAUGUCAUAUCGAUGCUCUCCCGACAGAACAAUUAACCUGAGGUGUCAAACUUUUAUGGAUCAUUAAUUAGGAUCCGUUUUUCUGUGAAAUAAACUUCCUGGAUUGUGGCUGAUGAUUAUCAACAAAGUUUUUUUUAUAUCAAAAACAAAAAUAACACAAAAAAAGUUAGCUUUAAUAAAUUUACUUACUUAUAUUCUAACGGUGGCACUUAAAAUCACUUUACACACUGACAAGUCCUGUCAUUGUGCUGACACACACACACACACGACCUAAAGCUCCUUGUGAAGGAAGACCUUAGGCAGUUUAACAGUUCACUCGUUACUUAUUGUGCCACAAGAUCCUGUUUGACAGGAGGAUCAGCACACAACAGAAAAUAAUUCAUUCAGACACCAUUACCUCAACUGUUACAAAGGCAUAAACAUGUAGUGCAGUGUUAGCUUUGUACGGUACAGUGGGUUUUGUCAGCUUCUUUGACUUUACACAACUUUGAAACUGUUUUGUUUAAUUCAUUGUUUUUGUGUAUCGGGGGACACGUGACAGUGUAGUGAUUUGUGGAUCUAAUUCACUUUCAUAAAGCGCCUUUAAGACACUGAAA